UUUCCUAUCCUUCACUCACUCCACAUGACACUCAUUACAACCUCUCUUCAAUCCCUUCUUUUAUCGUUUCCUCUCUCUUUUCUCUUUCAUAUUCCCUUCCCCACUGGUUUUCAAGCAAACGAAACUGGUUUUCUCUCUCUUGAUAAUAUAAGUUGAACAGCAGGGGGGGAAAUGGAGGGAUCUUUGAAGAUGAAAAAAAAGAAAGGGGAGUAAGAUUAGAUUAAAAUCCUUGUUGGGUUGUUUUCUGAUUUCGUUUUGUGGUAUGAAUUUUGGGUUUCUAGGUUGUUCUUCACAAGGAUCUGUUUUAAGCUUUUGAGUCUUUAGAGAAGGGGGAAUGGCUGGAAGUAAUGAAAUCAACCUCAAUGAGUGCAAGAUGGUGGUUCCACUGAAUACAUGGGUCCUCAUCUCUAAUUUUAAGUUGGCUUACAAUCUUCUUCGUCGACCGGACGGCACCUUCAAUCGGCACUUGGCGGAGUUCCUUGACCGUCGAGUCCCUGCUAAUGUGAAUCCAGUUGGUGGGGUUUUCUCAUUUGAUGUUCUCAUCGAUCGAGGCACGGGCCUCCUGUGUCGGAUUUAUAGACCAGCUUUCGGUGAAGAGCCUCAGCUGAAUAUUGUUGACCUUGAGAAGCCUGUUACAGCUGAGGUUGUUCCUGUUAUAAUUUUCUUUCAUGGGGGAAGCUUUGCACAUUCCUCUGCAAAUAGUACUAUAUACGACAAUCUGUGUCGGAUAUUGGUUGGUACCUGUAAGGCUGUUGUGGUCUCGGUGAACUAUCGGCGUGCUCCUGAAAAUAGAUAUCCGUGUGCUUAUGAUGAUGGGUGGACAGCUCUUAAAUGGGUUAACUCUAGAUCAUGGCUUCAAAGUCGGAAAGAUUCGAAGGUUCAUAUAUAUUUGGCUGGUGAUAGCUCCGGUGGUAACAUCACACACCAUGUAGCUCUGCAAGCCGUUGAAUCAGGAAUCGAUAUAUUGGGAAAUAUAUUGCUCAAUCCGAUGUUUGGUGGACAAGAAAGAACUGAAUCCGAAAAGCGUUUAGACGGGAAGUACUUUGUUACUCUACGAGACAGGGAUUGGUAUUGGAGAGCUUUUCUCCCCGAGGAUGCAGACCGGGACCAUCCUGCAUGUAACCCGUUUGGUCCCAAUGGUAGAAGUCUUGAAGGAAUCAAAUUCCCGAAGAGUCUUGUGGUGGUUGCUGGCUUUGAUCUUAUCCAGGAUUGGCAAUUGGCUUAUGUUGAAGGGCUCAAAAAGGCAGGCAAAAACGUUAAACUUCUAUAUAUGGAACAGGCUACGAUUGGUUUCUACUUGUUGCCAAAUAACGACCACUUCCAUUUCGUUAUGGACGAGAUAAGUAAGUUCGUGAGUUCUGACUUUUAAUACAAUUAACUUUACCAACAGGCAGCAGUGUACGAAAGGAGCUCGACAGUCCACUUGUGGCCGUUACAAAGUUUGCAGUUUACGGUACUACUGAUCACUAUCAUAUUAAUCAU